CACAACACCCUCGCGCUUGCGGGCGUGCGCGCGGCUCUCCCUCUCUUCACCACCGUGGCAGACGCUCUGCACCUCUCUCCUCACUCUGGGCCUGCACCCCAUGCCGCCUCCGCAUGGGCCGCACCACUUCCGCCGCGUCUACCUCGGGCCCACGGCCGUGCCGGCGGCGGCGGCACAGGGGCUCGCGCAGGCCAUCGCCGCCGACGAGCUCGCCGACGCGGCAGAGGGCGGCGCGCCGCUGGGCUUCAUCAUCGCGACGCCGCGCGGCGCCCGGCCGGGCAUCGACGCCGAGGACGUCGUGCUGCCAGUCGAAGAAGCGCCGCCGGGCUUCGUGACCAAUGCGCCGGCGCCAUUCGACGCCGCUGCAGCGCCGCCGCCGCCGCCGGACCUCGUGUCGCCCAAGUCGGAGCGCGUGCCCUUUGCGGCCUUUCGCAUGCAGCGGCGGCAUCUCUCGCGCGAGGCAUCCGCGGCGAGCUUUGCGUCGGCACAUUCGCUGCCCGACAGCGUGCUCUCCGAGGGCGACGCGACGGGGCGCCCCGCUGCCGAGGCGCGCAAGGCGCUGCGGCGCGGCCUGCGUCGCGACGCCAGCGCGAUGGGGGCGCUGGGCCGCGACAUUCCGUCCGACACCGCACCGGGAGAGGCGCAGCAGACGCUGCCGCUGCUCGACCUCCCCGUCGCCGAGGAGAGCGAUUCGGAAUCGGCGUGGCGGACAGAGGCCGGCGGCCCGAGCUCGCCGCCGCGCACGCCCGCGCGCAAGGACGAGGCCCGAGCGGCCCGGGCUGCGCUCGGCGAGCACCUCACCAUCGACACAAGCGUGAGCCCCGUGACGCCGCGGCGCGCCGGCCUGGCGGUGCUGCGCCCGCAGCAGUCGGACGCGAGCAUGCUGGGCAAGCGCCAGGGCGGACGCGCACAGAUGCGGACGUCACUCUCUGCGUCGAGCCUGACGCGCUCGCAUGGGCGGGCCCUUGCCGAGGCGAGCGUUGCGCGGACAGAAGACGGCGCUGGGUCUAUCGACGAGACGCACGACAACGGUGAUACGACGCGGGACGAUGCCGACACCACACGAGACGACGUCGGCACGACCCGCGAAGACGUUGGCACGACCCACGACGACGCCGGCACGACGCGCGACGAUGCCGUCCCAGCGCAGACCGCCUCGGCGCAGCAGGCCGCCGCUCGAGCUGCAUGGCUCAAGGAGCGGGCGCGUGCACGCCUCAACGCUGGCGUCGGGCACCCGCCGCACGCACGCAGCACGUCCCACGGGCGCGGCAAGCACCCACGAGACGCCAGCCGCGCCAGUCGGGCGAGCCGCAUGAGCCGCGCCAGCACCGUUGGCACGUUCGGCACCGAGGGCUCCGUGGCUACGCGCUUCACGGAGGGCAGCUUCGGCGCGAGCGGCGGCGUGCGCGCGCGGCUGUUUGCAGCACUGGGCAUCAAGGACACCAAGCGGCCCUCGCGCGAUGUCCCGCCGCCGAGCGGGCACGCGCGCCACGGUAGCGAGGUGCGCGUGGGCACCAGCGGCGGCGGCACCAAGUGGGUCGGCGGCAGCUACGAGGUCGGCAAGCGCUUCUGGCAGGUCGUCGAGGCCCGCCGUGAGGCGCUCGCCGCGCUGCAGAGCGAGGCAGACCUGAGCUCUGCAUCGUACGGCCCGCCGCAGGGCGAUGCCGCACGCAUCCUACGCGAGACACCAGCGGCCGAGGAGGGUGCGCCCCGCAGCGCCGACGACGUUCUCAGCUCAAUGGCGAGACAGGCGCAGGAAAAGACGGACGACAAGGUCGACGCGGCCAAGGAGGUUGAGCGACAGGGCGGCGAUGCACAGCAGAUCACCGGACUGCCGAGCAAGCCCGUGGCCGAUGACGCAUCGUCGACGCCUGCGCCGCCAGGAGGGCUGGCCGUCCCUGUAGACCGCACGCUGCGAGGCUCGGCGUCCUUCGCGUCCCUCAUCAGCGUGCCGCAUACGCGCGGCGCGGAGCACGAGAGCAGCUUUGCCAUCGAGUCGCGCCAGGGCUGGAGCGACGUCGUCAGCCUGAUGAGCGCCCAGUCCGCGUCCAAGGCGAGCUCUCGCUUCGCGCUCGGGACGUCGGGCAAGAAGAUGCUCGAGGACAGCCGGGCGGGCCUCGAGUCAUUCCGUGCGCGCCAGGCGGAGCGCAAGAAAAAGGAGGCGGCGAUUACGAUGCUGCGCGAGGACAGUGAACAGUCGAUCGGCACCCGCACGCAGCACCUCAGCGAGUCGCCCGGCGCCAUGACGUCUCUGCAGUCGCGCGCCCAUCCCGAGCCGCCGCUUGCCGCAGAAGACAAGUUCCCAGAGGCGACACACGAGCUGCUGCGCCGCCAGAGCGAUGCCGGCCAGCCAGUCGACGGCCGCGACGAGACUGCAAGCGACCACGAGGUCGUGCUUGCGGCCACCGAGGAGUCCCGUCGCGAGAUGGGCGAUGCGCCGUCGCACGUAAGCGUAGCGCCGAACAUGCAGCCAGGACGUGUGCGUCCGACUGCGACGCCGCAGCGCAAGACGGUGCAGUUCGAGAGCCGCAGCGACGCCGGCGCAGGUGGCCGCAGCUUCACGGCUAGCCUCUUCACUCGCGGACAGGCUGCGCAGCUCUCUGCCGCUGGCCGCAGUCUAUCCGGAGACGACGUUCCUGCGCCGCCCGAAGAGGUCCUCUCUCGGCCGGGCUCCUUCGAGCGUGUGCUGCUCGAGGAGGAGGCGCCGACACGCCGCACCGCGCUCAAGCGCGACCGCAUGCUCGUCAAGCUGGGAUGGACGCCCUCGACCGACGUGCCGGCAGACUUUGACGAGAACGCGGCACGCAAGGUCGCACUCUAUGGCGAGCCGUGGCGCGAGUACAUGGUGCUGCUGCGCAUGGGGCGCCUCGAGAUCUGGGACGACCCGACAUUCACCUCCAAGGCACUGGGCCACGCCAGCCGGCUGAAGCUGCGCCACAUUGUGCCGCUGCGGCGCAGCAGCACGUAUCUCUCCCUCUACUCGCCCAUCGACCGCAUCUUUGCACUGUCGUACGCCGCCGGCGACGGCGACCACAAGGGCAAGCUGCACCUGCGCCGCAACGGCACGCACGUCGUGCUCUUCGACGCGCGGUCUCGCACCGUCGCGGCCGACUGGAUGUGGGAGCUGUGGCGCGAGCUCGGCGGCACCAUUCCCGAGACGCUCGAGGUGCACGUGCCUGCGCUGGACGUUCGCGUGCGCAUCCCAAUCCCUGACGAAGUGCCGGCCGACUUUGUCGAGGCGCUCGGCCGCGGCGAGGGCUUCAAGCUCCUCACGCGCGAGAACCUGAUCGGCACGGUGCUCAGUCUCGCUCGCGAGCAGGCCGACUGGCGCGAGAUGAUUGCUGCCGUCGAGCACGCGGGCGUCGCCUUUGAGCUCGCCUGGCGCACCGGCACGACGCUGGACUGGGUGCGCGAGGACACGACCGUCGACGGCAAGGCGCGCGACUGGGCCGUGCUGUGCGGGUCUGUUGUCAAAGAGUCGCAAAAGCUUCCCUCGCUUGAGCUGCGCGCGGCAACGCACUACGCCACGGCCGUCAAGAGCGCCACCGGCCAGCUGCUCGAGGAGCCGCCGGCAAUUGAGGGCUUCCUGUGGCGCGUCAAGCCCGUCUCUGGCGCGCUGAGCCGCCUCUACGCGACGACGCAUGACGGACACAUCUUCGUCUGCCGGCCGACUCGCGCUUGUCCGCCGGAUCGUCACCUCGCGACGAUGGCGCAGCAGCCAGACGCCGGCACACCGGUGCGACCGUCGCGCAAGUCGCACAGCAGGAAGAAGCGGCGCGCGUCACGCGACGAAGGCCUCGCAUCGCUGCGCGACCAGGUCAUCACGACCGCGUCCGUCGCGUCCGGCGACGAGGACAGUGUCCGCGCCCAGGUGCUAGCCUUCGAGGCUCUCGAGUGCCGGCGGCAGCUGGAGCAGAUCAGCCAGUGCGACGGCUACGUCGACAUGCGCGAUGUGUGCGUCGUGCGCAGCUGCGGCGACGGCCCCGUGCGCCGUCCCAGCAUCGACGACUGCGCCGAUCCGCACGUGCUGCCCGACGAGCGCGCUGCCGGACCCAAGACGGUGAAGGAGCAGCAGCACCAAACAAGCGCCCCGGUGCAUCGCGACGGCAUGCCGCCGGACGGCGCGGACCAUGCCAAUACCGCUCUGCCGGACCUCGUGCACAGCGACAUUGGCGGCGAAGAGGGCCUUGCUGCAGCGGCGGACCGCGCUGUCUUGCGUCGCGCCCGCCAAUUCGAGAUCGUCAUGGCCAACGGCCGCGCCACGCGCUUCGAGGCGUACAGCGCGCGCAUUGCGCACGAGUGGAUCGAGCGCCUGGCCGCGCUGGCCCGCUACUGGAAGCGCCGCGAGAAGAUCGACGCGCUCGAGCUGAUGAACGCGAGCGGCUACGACCCCGCCAAGAUGCACCGCCGCUUCCGGCGUGCUCAACAGGGCGUGCGUGCCGAUGACGACGACGACCAGGGCGUGGGCGCGACGUUCCUGGGCGCCGGCGCGGAUGCCGAGCGCAUCUCGCCGAUGCUCAGCUCGCUGUGGAAUUGGUGCGUGCUGCAGGGCUGCCGCGGCAUCGUGCGGUCGGGGCGCCUCUUCCACAAGCGCAAGGCGUACACGCCGUUUGCAAGCCGCCACUACGUGCUCAUCGCCGGCCGGCUGCUCAACUUCUCGCUCGUCACGUCGGUGCGCACGGCGCGCAGCCGGCAGAACGCCGGCAUCUUCCACCGCCGCAACGAGACGGUCGUGCACCUGCGCGACGCCUACGUCUACUCGGGCAAGCUCAGCGAGGAGAUGCUCACCAACGGCCGCUCCGAGGCGGCCGGCGCGGUGAGCGGGCAGGGCGGCGGCGGCGGCAGCACGGCCAGCACGAGCGAGCGGCAUCGCCUACCACGCGUCUACCGCGACGGCCUGCUGAGCAUCGACGAGGACGAGGACUGCACGUUUGUGGUGCGCUACCGCCCGCAGCGCGUGCAGCAGCCCGCCGAGCCGCAGGCCAAGCUGCGCGCCGGCAUCAAGGUCGGGCAGGUCGAGCAGACGACGGUGCCGGCCAGUGCGACGUCGCUGCCGUCGCUCGGCGACAAAACGCACAAGCACCUCGUUCUGCGCGCGCGCUCGAGGCUCGAGAGGGACCUCUGGGUGCGCGCAAUCGCGCUCGAGAUCGAGCGGCUCGUCCGCGACGACCGCGAGCGCGAGAACAGCCUGCGCGAGGCCGGCAAGGCGCCCUACAAGUAGAUCACCAGCUCCCGACAUUGAUACCCAGCUGCAUGCGCAUGCCAAUUCAUACGCUCUAC